UUCAGGGAGGGAACGGAAGCCACAGCUAUAAGGAACCGAAACGGUGACGAGAUCAGGAAACCGAGCAAUUAGUCUGCCAGACACUUUUGGCCAUUAGUCAUUUAAGCUUCCGAUUUUCUAAUAACCACACUAUUAAGGGGAGAUGGUUUUCUACAGAAAUUCGAUUUCAAUAUCUGAAUCGGGUCCAAUUCCCAUAAAUCCAAAUUCAGAGUAACUGACUGGACCACAAUAGUUGGAAGGAACAGAGAACAGAUGAUAGCCCCCCCAUUUCAGUAGGUUUCUCAUUCUGGUCCUUGGGGGCUCCCAGUACUCCAUGUUUUUGCUUCCUCCCAGCUCUUUGCUGAAGAAGGGAGCAAAAACAUGGAGCAUCUGAGGGUCCCCGAGGGUUAGGGCUGAGAAACACUGAUCUAAACAAAGUUUCAUGGACACCUACAGUAGCAUCACGACUCUGCUUAUGGCCCCGAUGGGAUCCAUACAAAGUAGGUGUAGUGGAUAUAUUGCUAAUCCUCUAAUACCACAUCGACCUCGUUCUUCUAAAUCAUGCUGGAACUUCGCUUGGUCAACCGCCACAGACUGGAGUCUGGAGGCACUUCCAGAGCAGGAAGGCGGGGCUGUGAAUGCAGGGCUGGCUCUAGCUGUAGGCAAUCCUGCAAUCCUCUAAUUACCUGUGUUGCAGAGGAAGUGAGAUCAUUCAUUUACUUGGUAGGGCUCUCCACAGAUGUGAAAUUUUGGACCUUCCAUUUUCACAUCCGGAUGGGGAAUUUCACAGAAAUUCAAACAUUAUGUCAUUGCUCAUGCUUAUUGUAGCCAGAAUCCAAAACUGAAAAAUGUCCAGGUUUUUCGCUUCCUGGAUGUUCAGCUUCCUGGAGUGAUGAUCGCAGCUGGUAAUUGGUGGUUAAAUAUGAUUUCCAGUAUUUCACCAUCUAGAUCAGUCCGGCUUUUCAUUGCACAAAGGAUUCAUUGGAAGUUGAAUACUGUAAGCCAGAUAUAAGUAAAUGUUGGGGGUUACAAAAAUACAGGGAUGUUGAUGUGAGGAGCUAAAGUCAUUCAUAAACAGAAUCAGGAACUCACAUGGUGUGUGGGAGUAUGUUGAUAUUUACAAAGCAUGGAUUUACUGCCCAUGGAAAAUUCCCCCUUAACAACUAUCCCAUUGAAGUAUGUGUGGGAAGCAUCAGUUCUCACAAACACAAACAUAAACAUACUUUGACAAUCAGCUGCUCUGGAUUUCACAGGGCCUCUGGUGUUUUCCUGUCAGAACUAGCUAAAAGGAUCAGCUGCUCCCUGGACACAAUGUCUGGUCUCGCUGUGCUUGAAGAGGAACUUCCAGCGACGCACACAGGCCCCAAAGGGGUUAUCAAUGAUUGGCGGAAGUUCAAGCUGGAGACUGAGGACCACGACAACAUGCCUCCCAGCAAGCGCGAGCUCCUGCGGCAGAUGUCCACCCCACAGAAGCCCGAGGAAUUCGGCGAAAAAGUCAACCGGAAGAUGAGCACACAGGAGUACGAGCUGAUCCAGCAGGAGGACGAGAUGUGUCUGCGCAAGUACCGCAGGCAGUGCAUGCAGGAGAUGCACGAGCGUCUGAGCUUCGGGCCCAGGUUCGAGGGUGUGUGUGAGUUGGAAAACGGCGAGGCCUUCCUGGACGUCAUCGAGAAGGAGCACCACCUGACCCUGGUGGCUGUGCACGUCUACGAGGACGGCGUGCCGGGCUGCGAGGCCCUCAACAGCUGCCUGGACUGCCUUGCUGCGGAAUACCCCGGCAUCAAGUUCUGCAAGAUCCGCGCCUCCCGCACCGGUGCCGGCGACCGCUUCCCGGACGACGUGCUGCCUGCCGUGCUGGUAUACAAGGCCGGAGAGCUGCUCGGCAACUUCCUGCACAUCACGCAGCACCUGGGCGAGGAGUUCUUCGCCGUGGAUGUGGAGGCGUUCCUGAACCAGUACGGAUUCCUGCCGGAAAAGGUGUUUACUGCCUGCCCCAAUGACGAGGACGAUGCUGACAUAGAAUGA